AAACUCACAUUAUAAAACCCCUUACAAUAAGUGUGUGCAUCGUUCGUGGAAAGACGGGCUCAACAGUUGCACUGAUUCAGUUUUGUUUCGCUUCUUACAGAUCCCAGGACGUUGCCACAAUGGAAACCACGGACAGCUCCAGCUACAACGACUGAUAUCUACAACAUCCAACACGAUACCCACGAUUGCACUAACGACGACGACAACAACGGCCACGGUAACGACAGUGCCCUACCAGCCAACGACAACGGCAGCCCGGCGGAUGUCCGACCAGGAUCGGCCCCUGUUCGAGGCACUGAUAUCCGAUGAACACUCGGAGAACCCCCGGCGGCGACAUGCCUGUACCGGUCGAUUCCUUACGAUGCAUAAACGGCGCAGAAAGAAGUUGCACACGCGAAGCCUCGCGCUGGAUCCAGCUAUUCUUGACGACAUCUUGCACGGCCAGGUGCAGUGCAUCCUGGACCGGGUCGGCCAUUGGCGCUUUAAUGCUUUCACCCUGGAAACGGUCACUGGUGGACGUUCACUGCCUGUCUUAUGUGUUCAUCUGUUCCAUUGGUACGGCCUUUUGGACCACUUCAACCUAGACGUAGUUAGAGUAUGGAAAUUGUUUAGUUUAAUCGAGGAAGGUUACCAUAGUACGAACCCGUAUCACAAUUCAAUUCACGCGACUGACGUAACACAAGCAAUGCACUGUUUCUUGCAAGAGAAGCGCAUCCUGGAGAAUCUGAGCCCGCUGGAGAUCAUGGCGUCGUUGAUCGGUGCCGUUACGCAUGACUUGGACCACCCGGGCGUGAAUCAACCGUUCUUGAUUGCAACCUCCAACCACCUGGCGGCGCUCUACGAGAACACCUCGGUGCUAGAGAACCAUCACUGGCGAUCGGCCGUCGGAUGCCUGCUGGAGAGUGGCGUCGCCGAACAGAUACAGGGUAUUCGACCGGAACUGGAAAAGCAGAUCAGCUCUCUAAUCCUGGCAACGGACAUCACCAGGCAGCAGGAAUUCAUCAGCCAGUUCCGCGACUAUCUCUCCCACGAUACGUUGGAUAUGCGUAACAAAGAACAUCGGCACUUUAUUCUGCAAAUCGCGCUCAAAUGUGCAGACAUCUCCAAUCCCUGCCGGCCAUGGGAUAUUAGUAAAAAGUGGAGUUUGAAAGUGUGCGAAGAGUUCUUCCGCCAGGGAGACUACGAAAGACAGCUCAAUCUGCCGGUCACUUCGCUCUGUGAUCGGCACUCGACGUCGGUGCCCAAGAUUCAAACUGGCUUCUUCAAAUUCGUUGUCACACCCUUGAUGGACGAGUGGCAUCGAUUCCUGAAGACUGAUCUAUCCUACAAUAUGAUGCACCAUCUGAAAUACAAUCAGAUUCAAUGGGAAAGCAAACUGCAGGCAGAGAUGAACGAAGAAACUCGAACCGAGAUAUCUGACGCGGAGCUACUGGAUGAAGAUGUCGAUGAUAACGACGACCAAGAUGAACCGCUGCACGAUCUGUCGGACAGUUCGGAGAUUCUUAUCCCGAGUGCUGCCAAGUUCGGUCGACGAAGUUCUCUACAAAUCUCUGGCUUCUGUGGUGCUCGCAGCGAACGGCGGUUCUCCGUUCCCAUACAUAGUAUACCGAAGAUUGUGCUUCCAGCACGAGACCACCGAGAAUCUAAUCUCCCACCGGAAUCAAUCCAGGAAAGCGACGAGCACAAGUUCGACAACGACUCGCUCUCGAUCUUCUCGUCGGACAGCGAUAGUCUUCAUCGGGGAGCACGUGGUUCUUCCACCGGCAGCACCGCCGAUCGAGAACGUCCGCUCAGUGCAGAAAAUCUACUUCCAGACUGCAGUAUUGCAUCGAUGACCGCUGGAAUCUGUGGCGAUCGACUGAAUCUAGUGCUUCACGGAGCCGUUAGCGUAGGAAAUAACGCGAAUCUUCUCACCGUUGGAACUUCCAAGCAUCUUAUCAGACAGCAAACCUUCCCACCGUUGCAACCGUACAUUCGCACUCGUUACAUGUCUUCACAGGCGGAACUCGGUGCUUGUCCGGAGGCCCUCCUCGAAUCCAACUCCAGCAGUAGCUCUUCCAACUCCCACCCGGAGGCAAACAGUGAAUCUCGUGGCAUCCUUAUGACCAAAAAGGAAAGCACCAAGCGGGAAACGGAUUCGUCCACUUCCGGCGAAAAAGCGAAAAUCCCGAAGCUCUCUCUCGGCCAGAAGGAGAAUCUCGACCCAUCGAUGCUGAAGCGAAGCCUCAGCCGGCGGAGAGGCUCCGCUCCGGUCACCGUAGCUUUACCCCCGAAACCCGUCGAAUCUGACCUAAGCGUAUCGUUCGUCAUCAAGACGUGCGAUUUGCGGCGAGGCUCUAUGCCUGCCGAAUUCAUCACUUCCAUGCAUACAAAAGACCAACCGAACGGUGCCCAGCCGGAAGUGACGGCCACCGUGCUUCCGAACAACAUCGGUCCGGCGUACAACAUGCAACGACGCGGAUCGGUACCGUGUGAUAGCUCAAACAGCGUUGUGAUUCGGAACAGCUUUAACAACAAACGGCGCAGUGCGAAGAAAAUCCUUAGGCGGCGAUCGUCUGGCGGAGCAGAAAUCCUCAGUCCCAUCCUGUCGGAGGAUGCCACCAGCUCGGGCAAUGGUGCCGGUGCCGGGAGCAGUGCGACCUCGUCUUCGACGGCAUGGCAGCGGUUCAAGCGGCGAGCCGAUGCCGAGAAUCUGCUGUCGCGACGGCGUGGAUCACUGCCCGUCGAAGUGCUCACCAUUGGAUAUUCGGGAACUUUACGUCACUGAGGAUCAUUGGGGCGGUCUUCCGGCCAUCCGGAGGAGCAGGAGCAGGAGCAAGAGCAAGAGCAACAGUAGAACGGAAUGCAAUAGUUAAUUCUCUGCCCCGUACGUACAUAAAUCCGAAUCCGACGAGCUGCAACCAUGCUUCCAUGAAAAAAAUGUAAACCGACAAAAAAUUACUAUGUUUUAGUUUGGGGAAAAACUCUCUCAUCCUUUGCGUUAAAGUACCGG